GUGGCCGAGAGAGGCAGAUUUGAACUCAGCUUCUGACAUUAUCAAACAACUCAACCCAAAAAUUGUUUUUAUUUGUAAACUUUUAUGCUCCCUUCCUUCAGUAUUUCAAAUAAUUUAGUCUUUAUUUUAGUAUCACUAUGCCAAAGCACGGCUUUCUUGCACCAAAAGCAAUUGCUAAUAGAAUCAAAGCGAAAGGACUUCAAAAGUUGCGAUGGUACUGCCAAAUGUGUCAAAAACAAUGUCGUGACGAAAAUGGGUUCAAAUGUCACACUAUGUCCGAAUCUCAUCAGCGACAACUUUUAUUGUUUGCUGAUAAUCCCGAUAAAUAUAUCGACCAAUUUUCACAAGAAUUUUUGGAUUGUUUCGUAAAAUUAUUAAAACGACGUUUUGGGACCAGAAGAGUUCACGCCAAUCAAGUGUAUCAGGAAUACAUUGCUGAUCGUGAACAUUUGCACAUGAAUUCAACACAGUGGGAAACACUCACCGAUUUUGUUAAAUGGCUUGGACGGGAAGGCCAUUGUGUUGUCGAUGAAACGGAAAAAGGUUGGUUUAUCAGUUGGAUUGACCGGGAUCCUGAAACCAUCAGGCGCCAAGAAGUUCUUGCCAAACAAGAAAAAAUGAAGCUUGAUGAUGAAGAAAGAAUGCACCAGUUAUUCGAGAGACAAAUGCAGAAAGAUAAAGAAACGUCAAAGCCACAGCCAAAAGUGGAAUACACAGAACUUAAAAAAGAGAAUGAGGAUGAAAAAAUUGCAUUUGCGAUGAAACCUGUGAAAAUAGAAAAGAAAGUAACAAUUGAUGUUAAAAAUAAUCCUUUAAGCGCUACUUUAAAAACUUCAGUCAGGGACUCUACUAAGAAUUCUGUGGGAGAGAAACGUAAACUAGCUUUGGAAGAGAUUAUCGAGCAGGAAAAAGCUGCUAUGGAGAAAAAGAAUAGAAAAGAUUAUUGGUUAACUCCAGGUAUUGUUGUUAAACUCAUGACACAUAAAUAUGGUAAAGAAUUGUACAAAAAGAAAGCUGUUAUUCAGGAAGUGAAGAAUCGAUAUGAAGCUGUUGUGAAAAUUAUUGAUUGUGAUGAAAAGUUAGACGUUAAACAGGACGAUGUGGAAACAGUAAUACCUACAGUGGGAAGAAAAGUGCUUAUCUUGAAUGGCUUGUACAGACAUAAUGAAGCUAAAAUAUUGGAUGUAAAUUUUGACACUUUUUCAGUUAAAGUGCGUCUUGUGUCGGGAUCUUUUAAGGGAAAGACUAUUGAUAAUGUUAAGUAUGAAGAUAUUUCAAAAUUGUAUGUGCAAUCAUAAUGAGUGGAUGUAGAUAAUUUUUACUGUACAUAUUUGAUUAUUUAAUUUAUCUUAGUUUUGAAUAUUUGUAAAUAAUUAUGUUUUCAUAUUUCCAUAUAAAAUGAUACCUAAUCA